CAUCCUUGCACACUCCGGCUCAGCCCUAUCUUCUCACUCUCUACUGUCUCCACCGCCCUGUAGGGGAGGCCAGGCCGCCAAGCCUGCUCCGACCAGGGUGUCGAAUCCGGUCAAGCUCCCGACGGUUUUGAGCAAACUUUCCCUCGACUCACUUUCUUCCUUUGUCUACCAUCUUUCCACAAGUUGGCCCUGCAGGACUCGAUCCUCCGUAUGCCUACUAAGACCAUUGUCACCGUCAACAGCAAUGGGCGCCAGUCGGCAAGCCUCAUCCGCGUUGCAUCUGCGGUAGGAUGGCAGGUCCGCGCUCAGAUGCGUGACAAGAACGGAAUAGUGGCUGAAGAACUCUCGGAACUGCCCAACGUCACUGUCUUCAUCGGCGCCUUGGAGGACCCCAAAUUCCUGGCGAACCUGUUCAAGAAUGCGCAGCUGGCCUUCAUCAACACGACGCAUUGGGGAGACGAGGUUGCCAUUGGCCGGUCAUUAGCCGAUGCGGCGAAAAAGGCUGGAAUCCAACACUACAUUUUCAGCAGCAUGCCCGAUCACUCCAUCUACAAUGAGAACUGGAAGGCAUUGCCGAUGUGGGCGCAGAAGUACACGGUUGAGAACUACAUUCGCCAAAUCGGGCUUCCAGCCACGUUUGUCUACUGCGGAAUCUACCACAACAACUUCACCAGCCUCAACUACCCGCUGUUCAGAAUGGAGCUCCAAGACGACGGCAGCUUUGUCUGGCGAGCACCGUUCCAUCCCGAUAUCCCCUUGCCAUGGCUGGACGCAGAGCAUGAUGUGGGUCCAGCAGUUCUGCAAAUCUUCAAAGAAGGUCCGCGGAAGUGGGGCGGCAAGAGGAAUCCUAGUGUCGCCUUGGCCUUUUCAGAGCUCACUCCCAAGGAAGUCUGCAGAGCCUUCGCUAAGGGCCUUGGCCGUCGCGUCAAGUACAACCGCGGACCAAUCGAGAUCGCCGUUCCUGUGCCAGCCGGUUACCGCCAUCAUCUACAAGCUCUCGAGGACACUCUAGGUCGCCAAUCCGCGCCGUACUUCGGCCCCGAACUCGAGAAGAACUGCACCGAGCAAGCGCUGGAGCUGUGGGAGGGCUACCGAGACAUCGAGGAGUACGCCCGCGAAGUGUUCCCCGUGGAGGAGUCAGCGAAUGGGUUGACGUGGAUGGAGGAGGGCGAGACGGAGCAACCCGAGGUGGAGUUGGAUUUCCAAGGCAGCUGCUAGAAACUUCUCUUUUGCAUUGCGACGGCGUUAACAUUCCGGCAGGCCCUGGCUUGUAAAAGAUGCCGGCAUUUCAUUCCGCCUGGUGAUGGCGUUGGCGACCGGAUCACUGGCUAGUGACUGGGUAAGGUUGGCUGGGGAGGCUCUCUGCUCAGCUAGGGCAAUUUGGAAUAUCC